UGCGGCUGUCGGCCGGAGCCGAUGAGCGGUUCUCCCGGGCCCCCGCCCCAGCAGCCUCGCUCCCUCAGCCGGCCCACUCCGGGAGCGAGAACGCGACGCUCCUCUGUCCCUUCCCUUCCCGCGAUCCCGCAGGCGGGACCGAGCGGAGGCUCUCGGAGCCCAGCCCCUCCCCAGGGCGUGUGGGACGCGCGACCCUCUCUCGGAAGAGGACAGGGAAGGGGCGCGAGGUGGGGCGGGGUGACCUCGGGGAGGGAAGAGCUGUUGCGGAAAGGAUGCGGCUGCAGAUCGGUAGCAGGAGGCCGCCACCGUAAAAUAAGCGCCUCGCGGGUGUCCGCGCCCGAGCUAUGUUGGACCCGGGCGGCAGAACCCACGCUCUGCGCGGGUGGGCCGCGCACGCCUGCCUGCCUUCUGCUGCCCGUUACCAUAGGGUUUCCAGAUCAUUCAGUGUUCGGAAAAUGAGUCUAGAUGCCAACUCUUUCGCAUCCUGGUGCCUGAACGCAGUUGUCCCAGGAGCCCAGAGUCCUCCCAGCUUGGGGAACCCCCUUUCUCUAACCAUGGAGUUGGGACCUGUCAGGGGCAAAGUGUCAGGUAUAUGGGAGGGAGUGUGUCUUCAGUCUUGUUCAGAACCCUGUCCCGUGAAGGGCCAAAGGAAUAACUGGGAAGGUGCAUGACAGGCCAAAGAAUCCCACCUUGGACCCCUGCUCGCAUGCUGUCUCUGUCGCUCCAGCAUCUGAAAGGAGAUAAAGGUUCACUGAUGGCUCAGUUGGGAGCAAUUGUGGCUGUGGCUGCCAGCUUCUUUUGUGCAUCUCUCUUCUCAGCUGUGCACAAGAUAGAAGAGGGACAUAUUGGGGUGUAUUACAGAGGCGGUGCCCUGCUGACUUCCACCAGCGGCCCUGGUUUCCAUCUCAUGCUCCCUUUCAUCACAUCAUAUAAGUCUGUGCAGACCACCCUGCAGACAGACGAGGUGAAGAACGUACCUUGUGGGACUAGUGGUGGUGUGAUGAUCUACUUUGACAGAAUUGAAGUGGUGAACUUCCUGGUCCCGAAUGCAGUGUAUGAUAUAGUGAAGAACUACACUGCCGACUACGACAAGGCCCUCAUCUUCAACAAGAUCCACCACGAACUGAACCAGUUCUGCAGUGUACACACGCUUCAAGAGGUCUACAUUGAGCUCUUUGAUCAGAUUGAUGAAAAUCUCAAACUGGCUUUGCAACAGGACCUGACCUCCAUGGCCCCUGGGCUGGUCAUCCAAGCCGUGCGGGUGACAAAGCCCAAUAUACCUGAGGCAAUCCGCAGAAACUACGAGUUGAUGGAAAGCGAGAAGACAAAGUUGCUCAUUGCAGCCCAGAAACAGAAGGUGGUGGAGAAGGAAGCUGAGACAGAGCGGAAGAAGGCCCUCAUUGAGGCAGAAAAAGUGGCUCAGGUUGCAGAAAUCACCUAUGGGCAGAAGGUGAUGGAGAAGGAGACUGAGAAGAAGAUUUCAGAAAUUGAAGAUGCUGCGUUUCUGGCCCGGGAGAAGGCAAAGGCAGAUGCUGAGUGCUACACAGCUAUGAAAAUAGCCGAAGCAAACAAGCUGAAGCUGACCCCUGAGUAUCUGCAGCUGAUGAAGUACAAGGCCAUUGCUUCCAACAGCAAGAUUUACUUUGGCAAGGACAUCCCUAACAUGUUCAUGGACUCUGCAGGCAGUCUGGGCAAGCAGUUUGAGGGGCUGGCUGACAAGCUGAGUUUUGUCUUGGAAGACGAGUCCUUGGAGGCAGAUACUGAGGAGAAUUGAAAUUUUUUUUAUACAACCUUAGCUGACACUUAGAGAUCUUUAUUUUUUAACGAUGAACCAGGAUGCCCCUCCCGCUCACACUACCUUCUUUGACUCUCUUCCACGUACUGUGGUGAAAAAAGAAGAAAUGGACCUAAAUCUAUUCCCAUUCCUGGGAAGGGAGGGCUGGGAUUGAUGAUUUGAGGUUUUAUUCAGGUAAGUAGAUUAUAUGACUUCUGUUAAGAUUUGUAAAUAUAGGCGUGACCUUUGACCCCCAGGCACUAAUUUUAGCCCUUUGAAGCUGGCUUAAUUAGGGAUGCUGUCUUAAGAAGCGGGAGAAAUACAGGGUGUUGCCUUCAGGUGAUUUGAUUUCCCUUAUUUGGGAAAAUGUCCAAUUUUCUCGUCCCUGCCUCCAAGGUGGGAGAAGUCUGUGGUCGAGGCUCAGAACUGGGCAAAUAUUCCCUUGUACGUUUGCCAGGAGAGCGCGGAGAAGCGGCCGCAGAGAGUGUGGGUGUCCUAGCGUUUCUGUCAGUGCACACAUGGGUCGUUUUAGAGGCGCACUGCCUUAGGCCUUCAAAAGGAAGAACUGGUGCUAGGUUUGCGAGCUUUUCUAUCCACUACCUGCCUGCCCUAGGGCUUAAAGAGUGGUGGUUUCUGACUAUGUUUCCAGAGUCAGGCUUUGGUCACCGCCACGCAAUUCUUUUUAAAACUUUGCACCUGUUCUGUGAUCUGGUUUUUUUCCUCUCAAUCUGUUCGUUGGUUCCACUCAGCAUCUAGAAGACAAGAACAAACUCAAGUGUCUUACUAGCUGCUGAAGCGGGAUCAUUAUAUGUUAGCCACUGUGGUUCCCGCUUGGCAAACUAUGUAGUUCCUUGAGAUCACAUGUCUGGUUAUUGUGGAGAUUCUACAUUGCAGAGCUCCUCUGGAGGAGGAAGAAGGACAUUCAGAAGAUUUCCUUGUCCCAGUGCCAAUGGCUUGUGCUGGAAGUUUGUCUGACACAGUGAUAAAAGUGGGGCCAUUCUCUAAGUAGUGUGUGUUUUUAAGUCCAGGGCUCCAGGCAGCCACACAGGAGUCAGACUGAAUGUUAAACCUCCAGAGACAGCUAUGGGGGUGCAAGUCAGAGUUCAUGCCCAAGUCCUUGGGUUGGAAUGGCUGCAUCAAAAUUCGUUCAAAUAUUUUCUUUUUCAUUACUACUUAGGAAAAUCUCACUCUGGGAGAUUCAGGAUAGGGGAGAGCAAACAUGAAAGAAAGGUUUUCUUAUAUCCUGGAACUGGAGUUGGGGUUGGGGGGGUCCAGCCUGUAUAGCCUAGGAGUUGUGUUCCAAAUUGUUCCAUGGAGGGCCGCUAGCUGGAGUUACUUCCAAGCAUAUUGGUGUUCUCCAUGACAAGCUCUGCCUUAGGAUUUGGCCUUGUUAAUAGCUAUCGCCCCCACCCCCGAACUCCCACUGUACCCCUCUUCCCUCAGUGAAACUGUGAAUGAUACUCUGUGGCACAGAUCCCCACCUCAUUUUUGGUCCCAUGGCCUGACUUCUGGUUUAUUAAAUGGCCCCAGAACUCAGGCCAGCUUGCUGCUGA